AUGAAACCCGGAGGAAUUUCCCGUAAGGAAGUGCAGAAUUUACAGCCGUUUCUGGGCUAUGGCUUAAAAGAGGAACCUCAAGACUUUGAAGAACCUGGAGGGCAAACAUUGGCCGGUCAAGAUGCGGAGAGCCUCCACACACCCACUCGUGCUCCACGCAGCGUUAAGGAGAAGGCGAUUCAAGAGAUUGAGAGACAAUAUGUUGAUCCUUUCAAUCAAAGAAAAUCCAGGAAGGAACUGGAACAGCCUCAGAGUGCAUCAGGCAGUAGCAGCGCGCCUAUGCAUACGCGGACGCGCAGCGCCAUGGCGGGAGCUUCCGAAGGAACUGAAAAUCGACAUCUCUCUCUACUCAAGGAGUUCGACGAAGAGUCUAGUGAGGAAGAUAUCGGCGAGAGAGAGUCCACCGAGAAAGAGUCCAGCGAGGAAGAGGAAAGCAAGAAACGCAAGGCAACCAACGAUCUCGCGGUGACUCCCUACAGUACUGGCGACACUGAACCAUCUCCGCAACGGAACGGAGAGGUAACGCGUAUUGCUGGUUUCCUGGAACCGGAAGACGAGGCAGUGGUUCGAGCGAUAAUCGAGAAGUACGCAGGCCGUUUGCUGGCCGCUAGUGAAGGAACCGAUGACAAGUCCAGUGAUUGGGGUGUUGACUGGGAAUUUGGGAUGUCGGGUUGGGAUAGCCGCUCGUAG